AUGGCCGACUUUCGCCGCUCUGAGGAUGAGGUUAUCGAGGGAAGCAACGCCGGUUCAGAUACGCCUACCAUUCUACCUCUGCGUUUCGCGAAUCGCGUAGCUGUUUCACUACGCACGCCUACUCUGUACUACCGGUCAUUCAUUCUCCUUUCAGUCUCCGUCACGCCGCCCCUCCAGAGCCCAGCAUAUCUUUCCGACACCAGACCAACUCACGGGCACAAGCCCAAAGCGAGUGUCAAGGAGAGACACGUCCUCUGGCUCGGCAUGUGGGGCAACUGGAUAGAAAUUAUGCUCAUCCCUCUUCAACUUGAAUGGGUAUGGCGUGUUAUGACUCGGGGAGAGCGGGAGAAGGGAAGAAAGAGGGCUGGAGAGAAGCCGGGGGUGUUUGAAUUUAGGCAGGUGGUGGCGGAGAAGGAAGCUGCGAGUUCUACUCCAAAUCCCAAAUCUUCCUUGAGCCCGGCAGCGGCCAAACACCUUCGUCGCACAGACUCGACCUCCAAUCUCCCCGAACCUUCCUCUCACACAUCUCCGCAUGUAGCCCCAGCUCCUGAAUCUCGGCGUUCUUCCCUGGUCUCCCUGCUCCCUCCUACUCCGUCAUCACCUACUACCGCUACAUCCGACAUCCUCGCGUCUUCCCCCUUGCUUCUUGCUCUCAAAGCAGAGCUUACCACUGCUCAAGGCGUCAUCACCGAUCUUCAAUCUCAGCUCUCUAACCAUGAGCUCAGUGUGCAGGAGGCGCAUGCCCAUCUGCAAUCUAGCCUCGAAGAUUUGAGAGGACGGAGGAAGGAGGAUGACGCGGAGAGGCAAGAGUUGAAGGCGAGGACGAAAGUGCUGGAAGAGCAGAAGCGUCAAGCAGAGGGAGCGAGGCGAGAGGGCGAAAAGAAGCUGCGGGCGGUGGAAGGCAUAAGAGAUGGGUUGGAAGAUAAAAUCAAGGGAACGGAGGCGGCGCUUCUCGAGUUCAGUCGAAAGAUUGAGGGUAGCAAGCAGAGUGUAAAAGUAUCACAUGGGGAUCGGGAGCAGUUUGUGCGAGCCACUCGACAAGAGGUCGACACGAAAAAAGCCGAACUACGCCAAGCUGAAGACGAAAUUUCCCUUGUCGAGAGCCACAACGAAUCUCUCGAAAUGCGCGUCAAAGAAGCAGAAGAGAGGCUACAAGCCGUCAUAGAAGCUGGCGAAGCUGCAAAGAAGAUUGCACCGGAGGAGGAGAUGAUAAUGAUGGCUGCGGCGUAUGAAGCAGCCGCCCAGGAGGGUUAUCAACACGGGUAUCAGCAUGCUCAUGGGGGUACAAAUCCGUGGGCGACGCAGGCGGCGGCGUAUAUGGCCGAGGCAGGCAUGCCUCAGUUGAGUUACGACUAUACUGCCAAAACAGCUUCGUCCGGCGCGGGUAAUCAUCUUUCCAAGGGUGGUCUGGCAUCUUCUUCGAAUAAAGAUCUGCCGGGCUUGAGGCAGUUCGCAGACAUGACUGGUUUCGAGGACUUUGGUCCCGGGGCCCCUGACGGGGCGAGUGUCAGCCGACGAGGGAGCGCUAGGGUCAGCCGGGACGUUCCUCCCCAGCCGCCGAGUGAUAGCGAAUUUGAAAUCUACGGGCACGAUCCUGGCUCUCCCAACGGCAUCUCGUCUUCUUUCUCGGCAAAUCUUCUACCACAAGGCCUCUUUUCUUCUUUGGAAGGGGAAACACCUUAUGUCGGUGCGGGCGAGUUUGACGACCCACUAAAGUUGGAAACUGGAUUUGGCGGUGACCCACACAGUCCCGGUUCGGGCUCUUCUUCCGGUGAAUCUUCUCCCCACUUUUCACGUUUCCCUGCGUCUUCUUCACCUUUCGCCCCUAUCAACAACAAUCAAUCCACCAAUACGCGUAUUCCAAGUCAGAUGAAACAACGGCCAAGUGGUCCGGGCAUCGGCAGUGUUUCUGCGUCUCGCCUUCCACUCCUCGCCUCUACUUCACCUUCGCUAUCACCCAAAGGCCUUAACCCUCCAGCCCAUUCUACCACACCUCCCCUCAUCCCUGGCUUGCCUUCCUUGCCAGGAUCGAGGCGGUGGGUCUCGGGCACGAUGUCUUCCGACAACCUCUCUCUACCUUCCAUCCCUUCAUCUACCAAGCACUCUAACCCCUUCUCGGGUUUCGGUGCCCUUCACCACCCUUCUCUCACAUCCUCCAACGACUCUCUCCAUCUUCCAGCCCCUUCUUCAGGGCCCUAUGGCCUCCAAGCUUCCUCGUCUUCCCCUGCCCUUGAUGUCCCACUUCCUGUAGGCGCGGGUGCAGUAGGGGAAUUUUCCCCUUUCGCACCGACAGAGGGAGAGAAGAAGGCUCUGCAGCUCGGUACGCCUGGCAAAUGGGGCGGACUGGGUUUGGGCAAGAGGUGGCAAUCUGGCUCGUCCAAUGCGCCUACGUCUACUGCUGUUCCUCCCGGGACGGUGGCAGGCGGGGCGGACGAAGGCGGGUGGCCGAGUGCACUGCAAGGAUGGAGGAAGAGCGAGGAAGUGGGGAGGGAAGAAGCUGCUCCGGGCGGAGCAGUCGGAGGGUUUUGGGGGGUCAAUGGGAACGGGAGUGGAAAGGGAGGGUAUGGAGGGUACGGGUUUGGUCAGGUGCAAGGGCAAGGUGUCAUCGGGGAUGGUCAGCAAGGACAGCAAGGACAGGAGGUGCAAGAGGAGAGAAGGCCAAGAUUUUCGUUCUUGCGAAAGAGCCAAAACAAUCUGGCUUGA